UCAUGAGACCUCAUUCAGCCCUUCCAAGAAUCCUCUGAAGGGUUCUGAUUUUACAGACAAAGCAACUUUGGCAUGGAUAAGUGAUUGGCUCAUGGUGUUGCCGCUAGUCAGUGCCAGAGCCAGGACUCCACACAGGCCGUCCGACUCCCCAGCCCACAUCUUUCACUUGUACAGCAGGUUGCCAAACUCCUGUUGAUGUGGCCAGGCCUUGUGGGGGCUCUAGUGCUCUCAAGUACAGAUGAAGCACUGCACCCCCGCCCCCAUGUCACUGGGUUGCUGCCAAGUGGCCCUGCCAUAUCCUCCCAUUUUUAAAGAAGUCAGGAAUCCUAAUUUGUAUGUGAAACCCAACUUUUGAAUGUCAGUAACUAUCUUUAAUUAAAUAACUACUGAUCCAACAAAACAUGCAGUCCAAAUGUAGCUUUCAGGUUGCCAGCUGUUGAUCCUGUAUGCCAAAUGAGAAGCCAGAGGGCCUGCAAGCUUCAGCAGAUGAGCCAAGUACCCACUAUGGGUACUUCACCAGUCCUGAGCCAAAGCUGUGAGGUUGGAGCCAGACAGGCCCCAGACCCAUACCCUCUGCAACCUCCUCCACCUAGGCCCUCAAACCUAUAAGCACGUGCUGAGCAUAGCCUAUGUGCCCACCUGUGGUUGGCUAUGCAUAGACAGGAAUAUUUAUUUAUUGACUGGAUGUACUGAAAGCCAUCUUCUUAGCAUGGAUUCUCUGGGGUAAAUAUGAAAAGACAUAGAGGCUAGGUGUGGUGGCUAACGCCUGUAAUCCCAAUACUUUGGGAGUCUGAGGUGGGAGGACCACUUAAGCCCAGGAAUUCAAGAUCAGCCUGGGCAACACAGUGAGACUCCAUCUCUACAAAAGAAAAACAAUUAGCUGGGCAUGGUGCCUCGUGCCUGUAGUCCCUGCUACUCCCGAGACUGAGGCGAGAGUUUCUCUUGAGCCCAGGGGUUUGAGGUUAUAGUGAGCUAUGAUCACACCACUGCAUUCCAGCCUGGAAGACAGGGUGAGAUCCUGUCUCAAAAAAAAAAAAAAAAAAAACUGUAAGCAGUGGCUUCUAUGUAGGUCCAAACACAGUGUGGCUGGAGCAUGCGAGCCCCUCAGACUGGCCAAACGAUUGCAGGAAAACUUACAGCAACUGUGUGCUCUGAGACUUCAGGGUGAGGAGGGGCUUGCCAGGCAGACACGAAAAGGAACAGCAAGGUCUGAAGGCAUGCAAGCUUGAGAACUACGAGUAGUUUCGCAUUCCAUGGUGUAUAGAGUGUGAAGUGUGGAGUGGUGGAAGAUGAGGUUGAACCAGCAGGCAUGGACCAGAUCCUACUGUGCUGUGCUCAGAAGCUUAAACGUGGAAUCAUGCUGAGAGAUCAAAUUGCAGUUUUGUUUUUUUUAGAAACAGGGUCUCACUCUGUUGCCCAGCCUGAUCUCGAAACUCAUGGCCUCAAGUAAUCCUUUUGCCUCAGCCUCCCAAAGUGCUGGGAUUGUAGGCAUGAGCCACCAUCCCCGGCUAGACUGCAGAUUUUUUAGCAGAUUGAAUGUGAUCCCGUUUGCAUUUUGGGAAGAUGAGGCACUGCAAGAGGAAUGGCUGAGCCAGGGAGCUCAGAGAGGAGGUGCUAAGUCUGAACUAAGCCAGUGGCAAUGAGGCUGGAGAAGAUAUAGGUAGGAGUUAGUAGGACUACUGGAAGUGAAGAGGGGUAAAGAGAAGGGCGAGUAGAACCAAGGAUAGCUCCCAGAUUCCUGAUCUGGGAGACUGAGUGGAUAAUGGGGCAUUCACUGUCACUGGGAACACUGGGACAGAGACAGGUUUGUGCAUACCAUACACAACUCAACUUGGUAAAUGGCGAAUUUGUGCUGCUCAUGGAAUAUCCAAGGGGUAGUUGCUUUCUAUGGUCUGGAGCUCAAGAAGAGUCUGGGCGAGUGACAGAUUUGGGAGCUGUCAGUGUAGAGGGUCCCUGAAGUCAUGGGAGGGACUGAGAUCAUCUGGGGAAGUGAAAAGAGAAGAGAAAGGUCCCAAAUAAAGUGACAGCCACCCAUGGUCCCUACUGUCAGGGUGCUCUCCCUCCCAUAGUGGAGAAGUCAAACCCUGCAAAGCUUCCUAAUACAAGGCAGACAGAGUUCUGUGCUUAAAUGAGGUAUGGUCAGAGAGUUCUGGCUUGCUCUUGGUAUUUCAGCGGAGUGGGGAAAAGGGAGAUCUGAGCUGCAGUUGUGAGAUCUAACCACGAGAUGGCGCCUUGGCAUCUCCUUGUGCCAGAUUUCCCCACCCUGCAAACACUCAGCCUGGCCUGGAGCAGGAGGUGAUCAAAGGCUGGGAGGAUGAGGGUGGCUGUGUCAACAAUAAAUGAGGCAGAUCAGAGUUUUUUCUUAACAUAAAAUCCAAAUGCAAGCUCACUUUUUGAAAAGAGAAGGAGCCUUGGAGAAAAGCAGUAUGCCAAGUGUGCCAAAUGGGAGUCCACGUAUGUUUGAGCAUGCAACCCUAUAUGUCAAUAUAUGUCCCAUGUUCCUAUGUGUACUUGUGUUUCCCAUGAAUGUCUCUGUGCAAGUUGUGCGCCCCAUGUUCCCAAGGCUGUCUGCAUGUGUACCCCACUGCACCCCAGGCCUCCACAUGUGUGCAUGUGUCCCAGGGAGCAGACAACCAGAAACCUCCACCUCCAUGCCUCAGAGAGUGAGGAGUCCCUUGGCACUGAAAGAAGUAGUCCUGAGUCUGAAAUCAUGGGACUCUGAUGUUUUAGGGAGCCUCAAAGCAGCAGCAGACCAUGGAGAACAUCCCUCUCCCCAGUAGCCAUAAUCAAAAUCACUCAUUUAUCAGAUGAUCUCUUCAGAUUAUACCUGGGUUCUAUGUGUAGAUACCCAGGAUCAUGUUCACGUAGAGCCUUCCUAAAGGAUCCCUUAAUAGGCCAAUGGAUUCAUAACACCAUCCAUUGAUGUGUUUGUCAUUUACAGUAUUUAAUAAGCAUUCAUUGAUUACCUGCCAUGCACCAAGCACAGCGCUAGAUACAUUUUCUGUUUCUCCUUUAAUCUUGUGAAGCAGUUCCUGAAAGAGGAAAAAUAAGUUAGUCACAACUGCAGAGUCUGGAAUGCUCAUUAGAAUGUUUGCACUUUUUUUCCCCCGAAGAUGGGUCAUGGCGAGCCCUAGGAAAGUUUUCAGUAGGGAGGUAACAUGGUCCAGUCACUCUUGUGGAAGUUGGAAAUUGAUCAGAAGAGAUAUGAAUAAAGUCAGGAGACCAGUUAGAGAGUUGUUGCAAUGGCCUAGAUAGUGGUUCUUAAACUUUAAUGUGCCUCUGAGUCACCUUAAGGACUUAUUAAAUAACACAGGUUGCUGGGCUCCACCCCCAGAGUUACUGACUCAGAAGGUCAUGAGUGGGAUCCAAGAAUUGGGACUUCUAGCAAGCUCCCAGAUAUUGUUGGUGAUGCUGGUCCAGGAACCACUCUUUGGCUGUGUUGCCCAGGCUGGUCUCAAACUCCUGGGCUCAAGGGACCACACUUUGAGAGCCACUGAUCUAUGAGUAAGAGUAAGGUAGUUUAAGGUGCUGAGACAGGGUGCCAUGUGCCCUCUGGGAUACCUGCCUCAAUUCUCCACCACAUACCUUCUGUGGGUGGAUGUUUAAGGGUUAGAAAUGGCAACACUCCAUAAGGAUUAGCUUGUGGGGGUUAAGGAAAGGUCCUAGGCUCUUCUGGGAUGACUAGCAAGUUUUGAACUUGAAAAAGGGUGGUGUCAUUUAUGAAACUACAGGGCAAAGGAGAAGCAGGUUGGGGUUGGUGCUGGGGAUAGAGGAGAUGUUGAGUUCAGUGUUGGACUUGGAAAAUUUCAGACAGCUGCAAUGAGAUGUCUGGAGAAAAUAUGCAGCUGGCAGCUGUGUCCAUGGGUCUGGAUCUCUCACUAGUGAUUCAGGCCAGAGAUAACACAGUUGGGAGAUAACAGUAGACAGGUAGUCAUUAAAGACUUGGGCUGGGCGUGGUGGCUCAUGCCUGUAAUCCCAGCACUUCGGGAGGCUGAGGCGAGUGAUCACUUGAAGUCAGGAGUUCGAGAUCAGCCUGGCUGAUGAUGAAACCCUGUCUCUACUAAAAAUACAAAAGUUAGCCAGGCGUGGUGGUGGGCCCCUGUAAUCCCAGUUACUCAGGAAACUGAGACAUGAGAAUCGCUUGAACCCGGGAGGUGGAGGUUGCAGUGAGCCGAGAUUGUGCCACUGCACUCCAGCCCAAGCAACAGAGUGAGACUCUGUUAUAAAAAAAAAAAAAAAAAACUUGAGAGGGGAUGAGCUCACUCAUGAAGAGUGCAGGAAGAAAAAGGAGAAGCUUCUCUGCUCUGAGAAAGAAUUACUGACAUUAAGCAUUUGGUGAAAAGAGAAACAGAAAAGAAGACAGAAAUGGUCGGAGUAGGACAAUGAGGCAAAAAGGGACUAUCAAAGGUGUAGGAAGUAGAUUGAGAAAACCCAAGGAAGCCACAGACAGGCAGCACAUCCCAUCACUCUGGCCUUCCCAAGCUGCUGGAGAGAGCAGGGGCAUCCCCGCAGCUGGGCACAGGCAUCAUCUCUUUUGCGGCUCCUAGACUUCUCCCAGAGGAGUUCACCAAUUUCCAUUCACGCACUGACACCUGUCCUGGAGCUUGACUUCUGAUGCCCUGUGGCUGGGGUUGAGGGAGGGAGGAACAGGGCAUUGCCACAGACUCCCUCAUAUAUAGAUACACACAAACACAAUCCUGAUCUCUGACCCAUCUCGAGCAGGAAAGUUGCAGAGCUUCCCAAUUCCGCUUCAUCCUCUGGAACCUUGCUGGCGGUUCCAGACUUCAGAAAGUUCUUAAUGAUGAAUCCUUGGCUUCUAGCCUCCUUCUUUCUCCACCACUCCCCAGGCUGAGAUCAUCCAGCCCUGAGCUCUGCACCUGCCAUGUGCCUUCUGGGAUACCCACUUGGAACGAUAUAUUCCAUGAGUUAAUGGUGUCACUAUCACCUCCUCUUCUAUAUCAAUAAUUUUACCUUAAUCUUCUCAUUUACUACUUCACUAAAAAGGGACCUAAAAAAACAACUAGUCUUCUCUGCCUUCCCCUACUUUUUUAUUGGUGUUGUUGAAGUUGCAGAAACUGAGAUCACAGAGGAAAUGGGAUGUAGCUAGGAUCACACAGUCAGCCAGAGUCAGGACUAAAUCCAAGCCCUGAGUCUGAGGCAGUAGAGAAUAGUGAUUCUGAGCAGAGAGGGGCCAGGGGCAGAUCACCCCAGCUCUGCAACUUAGCUGCUUGACCUUGGGCAAGCCAUUUAACCUCUCCAUGCCUCACCCCUCCCCUGAAAAUGGGGAUGAUAUGGGUAUCUCUUUCAUAGAGCUGCUGUGAGGGUUAAAGAACCCAAUAUUCAUGAAGCACUUUGCACAGAGGCUGGCACAUUCUGUAAUAAGUCUGCUGUGAUUAUUUCUACUUUGCCCUGGUCUGCACAUCUUGCUUUUAAAAAACAUCUUUCUUCUGCUUUCUUAAUUCCUGUUCUCCUUAGCAUUCCUCUCAUUUGUCCAUCUUUAAUCCCUGUCUCUGCUUCUCAGGAGGGGAGGGUUGGGUUUGAGGAGAAAGAGAGAGUGACUACAGAGACUGGAACUUGCUUGACAGCCAGGGAGUGCCUGCCAUGGUAACACAGGAACAUGUAGCCUGCGCAUGUUAGUGUAACGAUCACACGGCAUCCAUGCUAGUCAGUUACACACAGUCACUCAACAGUCUCUGGGUAUCUCAUGCCCACACUCAAUCAGCCCAGGCCCCUGUGGCUUCAGAAAUAUACUUGGCUCCUUGUCAGGUGGAGCUCAUACCCAAACCCAUCCCAGGCAAGUCUCUCUCUCUGUCUGGCCAGCUUGUGUCUCCAACUCCCUCAGAGCCUGGCUUGGCUUGGAAGUUUUCAGCCCAGGAAGCCUGAGCGAAGUGGGCACCUUCGAGGGAUUUUGAUCCAGAACCAUUCAGGAGAGACUGUGAUGGUAGACCCCCUAAACACACGCACUGACACUUGUGUGCACAUGAGCAGAUAGGCUUGAGUCUUCAGCUCACAAACUUCUUCCACGUUCCCGAUUACCCACCUCAUCCAAAGUCUCUUGAGGUGCUUAGAGAAAGGAUUGAUACCUAUUUUACCAAGGAAGCUGAGGCCAGCGAAGAAUAGUGCUUUGCUUAAAGGCAAGGAUGUGAUAGAGCCAGGCAAAUGUAGGGCCCUUGCGUCCCAGCCUGGAAUAUUUCUGUUUCACUGCAGCUGCGAGCUGCGAGCCCAGAAGGCGGCUCUGAUCAAUGUGGGCUGAAUUCACGCCCCCUACCCACCCUACCCGAUCCCGCCAAAGCCACUGCCUCCCCUGUGGCAGCCGCUGGGGAAAAGGGAGAGAACUGCCAUAGCUUGUCUCUUUAAUGCGCGCCCCCGGAGGCCCGGCGCGCCCCCGCCACUAUAACUGGAGUGCAUGGAGCAGGCUACGCUCAGAGGAGGAAGGGCGGGCGCUGGGCACCCGUUGACAGACUUUUCCAAGUGCGAUCAGUGCCCGUCCGUCCUGCCUCCGUGGACCCGCCCGGGAACGGCCACCGCUGAGGACCCCACGCCCACUAGGAUCCCGGCUGGGUCGCGCCCAGCUACCGCACCGUGACCUCCACGGGCCGUGCCGGCUCCCGGCGCCUCUGCCCGCAGCGCUCGCCGUCGGGCUAGGGCUCCGCCGCCGCCACGCCUCGCGCCCGGCACUCACCGCCCCAUGCUGGUGCACACCUACUCCGCCAUGGAGCGCCCCGACGGGCUGGGAGCAGCUGCCAGCGGGGCCCGCCUGUCGUCUCUGCCCCAGGCGGCCUACGGGCCGGCGCCCCCGCUCUGCCACACGCCGGCCGCCACAGCUGCCGCCGAAUUCCAGCCGCCCUACUUCCCGCCGCCCUACCCGCAGCCACCGCUGCCCUACGGUCAGGCGUCCGACGCCGCCGCAGCCUUUCCCCACCUGGCAGGGGACCCAUAUGGCGGCCUGGCGCCCCUGGCGCAGCCGCAGCCUCCUCAGGCCGCCUGGGCCGCGCCCCGCGCAGCCGCCCGCGCCCACGAGGAGCCUCCCGGCCUGCUGGCACCGCCCGCCCGCGCCCUGGGCCUUGACCCGCGCCGUGACUAUGCCACCGCCGUGCCCCGGCUCCUGCACGGCCUGGCCGACGGCGCGCACGGCCUGGCAGACGCACCGCUCGGGCUUCCGGGGCUGGCGGCGGCCCCCGGUCUGGAGGACCUGCAGGCAAUGGACGAGCCGGGAAUGAGCCUCCUAGACCAGUCGGUGAUCAAGAAAGUGCCCAUCCCCUCCAAAGCCAGCAGCCUCUCAGCCCUCUCCUUGGCCAAAGACAGCCUGGUGGGCGGCAUCACAAAUCCUGGUGAGGUCUUCUGCUCCGUGCCCGGCCGGCUUUCACUGCUCAGCUCAACGUCCAAGUACAAGGUGACGGUGGGGGAGGUGCAGCGGCGACUCUCGCCUCCCGAGUGCCUCAACGCCUCCCUCCUGGGGGGUGUCCUCCGCAGGGCCAAGUCCAAAAAUGGGGGCCGGUGUUUGCGGGAACGGUUAGAGAAGAUUGGGCUCAACCUGCCAGCUGGCCGUCGCAAGGCCGCCAAUGUGACGCUGCUGACUUCGCUAGUGGAAGGAGAGGCCGUGCACCUAGCCCGAGACUUCGGUUACGUCUGUGAGACGGAGUUCCCAGCCAAGGCAGCCGCCGAGUACCUGUGCCGACAGCACGCUGACCCGGGGGAGCUGCACAGCCGCAAGAGCAUGCUGCUGGCUGCCAAGCAGAUCUGCAAGGAGUUUGCAGACUUGAUGGCUCAGGACCGCUCACCGCUGGGCAACAGCCGCCCAGCACUCAUCCUGGAGCCCGGAGUACAGAGCUGCUUGACACACUUUAGCCUCAUCACCCAUGGCUUCGGUGGGCCUGCCAUCUGUGCUGCCCUCACUGCCUUCCAGAACUACUUGCUGGAGUCACUCAAGGGGCUGGACAAGAUGUUUCUAAGCAGUGUGGGCAGUGGGCAUGGUGAAACCAAGGCUUCGGAGAAGGAUGCCAAGCAUCGGAAAUAACUGCUUCUCCCACCCCAUCCCUAAGGGGCUCCCAGGCCCUGAAAUAGGGACUUAGCUCUUGGGGGUGGGCCUGGAAGGACUGAAAGGUGGGAUUAGAGUCAGGCCAGAAAGAGAACAUUCAUCCAGAGAUCCCAGAGUUGGGGAUCUGGCUUGGAGUAAGGGAGGGUGGCCUCUCUGUGGUGGUGUGUUGGUAAGUUAAGGGCCCAGGUAUUUGUCUCAUGUGUGCAAUUUUCUGACCUUUGAUGGUUGAGAAGGUUUGGACAGAAAAUUGACAUGAAAAGAUCUGGCUCAUGGGGCAGAGCCCUUUCCAUUAGCAUGCCUGGGUGGCCGUGUGUGCUUCUAGAGGCCAAAGCCUUUGUGUUUUUCACUGGUGGCAGAAGGAAAAUUGAUAAAUCAGAGGUGCUACUGAGGAGUUGGUGCCCCUCAUUCCAGAAUCUCCUACCCCUAGAAAAGGGGUGCUGGAAGGAGGCCCCAGUGGACUCUUUGUACCCUUCCUACUCUCAGAGAGAAGUGGGCAGGAGGGGUCCUCAAGGAACAAAGAAGAUAAAGCACAAAUUGCAGAACUUGAAUCCAGGCUGCUGCUUAUCAUAGUCCUGUUGCUGUCUGUCCUAUUUAUUUAUGUAUGUUGUAAUUAAAUUUGAAAUUUUAAAAUGUCCAGUGCAACUUAUUUAUCCCAAUGAGUUGGGGAUUCAUUUCACUGUUUUCUGGCCAUACACUGAUAUGUCCAGCUGGACCAGGAGGGAGAGGGUGUUUUUGCUGGCAAAGGGCUGUGGGUGGGUUGCCCGAGGGAAGAAAGUUGUGUCAGGCACCCUGAGGUUGUCACUGGGCUCUUGUAUUUGUGGUUAUUUUGCCCCUGCAGUUGAUGUACCUCCCCAUCUCCCCAUCUCUCAUUCUCUUAAUAAAGCCUUUCAUUGGA